GUUUUGAUUGAUAAAAAUUUAACAAUUUUAUGGACCAGGGAGGCGACUGGCGGUGGACCAGCUUUAGCAAUAGACUUCCCCAAGAUGUUAUUUGUCAUAUUGCAGCAGGUCUGCCACCGUUUAAUUGUUUUGACGAAGAUGCUAUUUUCUGGGCACCUUCUUCUUUAGGUCGUUUUUCCUUCAAAACUGCGUAUCUUCAUUUGUUUCACGGAAAUGGUAAUAUCUCUUCCCCAAUUUGGGGAAAAUUUGGAGGUGGAUUAGGCCCCAAAGGGCAAGGAUGUUCUAUGGCUGAUUCUGAAUAAUGGUUUGUUAACCAAUUUGGAGAAAUGCAGAAGGCAUUUUGGGUGUUUCCUUUUAUGUUCUUUGUGUUCUGCUGAUGUUGAGUCUCUUGGAUUUGAAGGAAGAAAAAACUAAGAAAGUUAAGAGAGAUUUAUAUUAGAACAAGUAGAAGAGAAGAAAACACAAUUUCAUUACUAAAACAGAGGAUUUACAUACAUACAUUCGAAGAUUUUUUCUUUAUUUUCUUUCUCAUUUUGUUAGUUCUCUCAAAACUCUUCUUUAACUCUCUGCACUCUCUCCUUCUUCCAGCAGCAACCUCUUCCUUUUUAUAGGAAAAUAUUGCUUUCUUUUCUAAACUAAUGCCAUACUUACACCAUGCAUAUGUAUGACUCUUUUCUUUACUUGUACACAUCUUGAGGGAUUGUCCAAUGACUGCGAAUGUCUGGCGGAGACUCCGGCCGCCCAUGAAUUGGGAUUUCUUUUGUGGUCCAAGUUUAUCUGUUGAGGAUUGGAUUUCUUCUAAUUUGAGCAAUUUCGUUCUGUUUGUCCAACGAUUGCCAUAGAAUCUCUUAAUAGGUGUAGGCUGGUGGCACUUGUGGCAUUCUCGAAAUGAUUUUAUGUUUAAUAAUAAAUUUCUGGGAGUAGAUGGUUUGGUGAAUGAGAUCCUUCUUAUUGCGACCUUUUAAAAUAGCUUUUAACAAAGUUUCAGUUAAUUUGUUCGGUUGUCCUCGAGAACCUCUCUCUGUUAGUUGGAAGCUCCCACCAGCUCAUUUCUUUAAGAUCAACACAAAUGGAUAUUUUCAUAAUUUUUCUGGGCAGGCGUUUGGUGGAUUCGAAAUUGGUCGGCAAUUGGGUCAGCGGUUUUGUUUCUAACUUGGAUAAAUGCUAGAUUGUCAAAGCUGAGCUAUGGGCAAUGUUUCAUGGAUUGCAGUUAGCCGAAGGCUUGGGAAUUUCUAAUAUAAUUGCUGAAUGUGAUAAACUUGUGUGUAGUCAAUAUGCUUUCUGGUUCGAUUAGUCCCAUUGGCAUUGGCAAUUGUGUAUCUUUAGUUAAAUCCAUUCAGCUGCUUUUGCAAAGUUUCUCUCAAGCUCGGGUUCUGCACGUGUACAGGGAGGGUAAUUUUGCUGCAGAUUGGCUACAUACUUCAGCUGCUUCUUAUCUUUUGGGUUUUCAUGUUCUUAGUGACCAACCUGUUGGCCUUGUUUCUUGGCUUUCCCACUGUUUCUAUUCUAGUCUGUAUUUAAAAAAAAAGUUUCAAGUGCUAAUAACUAGUUUCUUUUCUUUGAGUCUAAUGCAAGCUGCUUCUUUACUUUCAAUAUCACAAAUACACAAUCCAUUAACUGCAAAACAAACCACAUUUUAAAAAGAAGGAUACAGUGGAAGAAGAAGACGAUUUGGGGUCAGACCUCAUGUGAAAAACAAGCUCCAAUCAAAAUAAGUGUUCUUGUGAUAUCUUUCAAUUUCAAAACUUGAAUGUACUCUCACAUUGGUCACCUUCUUUUGUGUCGUUGCCCAAUGCCCACCAAUAUAAACGCAACUUGCAUUCUACUUACAUUGAAGAUUAGAUUUCAUUUAUGCUUAAAAAAAAAUGUUGAAUCUAAAACAAUCGCAUUGGUUUGUUCAGUGUAGAGUCACCAAAAAGAAUUAUUGUUUUCUUUAUAUUAAAUAAAGUUGUUAGAAUAAUAAAUAUUUUUAUAUAAAAGUAAGAAGCCAUGAUUUACAUUGAUGUCCUACAAUCUUGUAUUUGCAGCAACUUAAUUAUUCACUUGUCCCUUCUUUUUUCUUCAUAAAAAUUGUACAAUUUUAGGCUCUAAAAAUCAGAAACAGUGGUAAGGUGGAGAUGGCUCUUCUCUUCUCUUUCUUUCUCCUGUAGUUUUGGCCCUUGCUUAGGAUUAAACUCAUUAAGCUGCUACCAGAGGAAAAGAAAAUGACUGCUGCAAAGGAAGACAAAAGAUUGAGUGAAAAGAAGAAAAUGGAAGUAGAGGAUAGCUUGAGGACUUUAGAAUGUCUAAGAGGAAGAUUGCUUGCAGAGAGACAAGCUUCAAGGGUUGCUAAAGAGGAAGCACAGCUCAUGGGUAAUAAGUUGAUAGAGCUGGAGAACAAACUCAGAGAAGAGACCAAACUGAGGCAAAAAGCUGAAAAGAAGCUUAAAUUUUUGAAGAAGAAGCUCGAGUCCCUGAAAAUUUCUCCCGCAUUAGAGGAAUUAGAUCAGUCAGAUUCAUAUGAGAAUUGUGGGUCUUCUUGCACAUCAUCUGCUACUACUUCAGGCCCCAAAGACCAAGAAUCCGUGACAAAGGCCCAAGACUUUGAAGAUAUGAAGGAGAAUGUCCAAGACACAGCUGCAUCUAUUCAAAAUCAUUCUAGUCUUCCCACUGAAAGCAGUUCAAGCACUCGAGAUACUUUAGAUACCAACUAUGAUUCUAACCUCAAAGAUUCUCUGCUACCCAAAUCUAGAUACCAGUGCACUCCAAGUUGUCAAGAUUCAAAGGCAGAAACUCAGAGUAAUAAUAAUAAUGCAUUCAGCUAUUCAAAGUUAGAAGCUCCUAUGGAGAGUAAUGAAAGAAGAAGUGAGAGUGAUAAUGAGGACUAUGUGGAUAACUCAUUGGCAUUAGUUCCUGUGGCUUUUGAGUACUAUGGCAGAACCCACCAAGAUCAGUGAGUUGAAGGUAGUGAACAAAAGCAUUAGUGAAGUGCAAGAGAAAAUAUACAAAGCUCAAUGGACAGAAGAAACAUGAUUAGAGUUGGGCCAAUUUGAAUGAUGCAUGUGUGUUAAUAGUAAUGAUGUUAGUUAUAUAAAACACAUAGAGCAGAAAGGGACACUAGGGUAAUGAUCCUUAAUUAAUGCUCUUUUUGCUCUGAAAGAAAAUGGCCAAAACAAAGAUUAGGGGCCGAGUGCUGGCCAAAUUUACUAUUGCAUUUAAUGGAGACCGUAAAGCUAUGUAAUUGUGAGCA